AUGAAGGAUCUACCGCGAUUUAGUUUGGCAUUGCGUGCCAAAACUGAGCUUGAAGUGAAAUUGCCGGAAAUUAUUAAUAUAGAAAGCAUAAAGUGUAAUGCAGGAUGGCGGAAGUCCAACCACACUAAACACACUAUUAAAGAAAUUGUUUCACUUAUUCCAAUUACAAAACAGUCGGAGGCUAAAAUACAAUUUCAGAAAUUGAGGAGUUUGGUCUGUGAAUGCUUCGGUUACGAAGAAAAACAAGACGUGGUGGAGCAUGCUGUGCUUUACAUUUUCUGGCUGUUAUUAGAAUCAGAAUUGCUUACAAAUGCAUCCAGAUUGGACGUACGCAAAAUUUUUGGUACUAUUUUCGACACAAAAUUAAAUAAGAUGCAUGAUAAUGUGAGAGCUAUUUUCCAUUUAUUGGAAGAUUUUGAAAUAAAAGAUUUAAAAAAAGCGCAUAAAAGAAAGAAUGUAAUUAAAAAUAAUAAUUUAUGGGGCCCCAAUAUAUACAUCCGAGUAAAAAUCGCACCUCAAGGCAAAGUUUUACAUUUGCAAGACUUGGCACCAAUUCAGGCUAUUCAAAACCCGGUUGCUUCAGGUUUUUCAAUGAGUUGGAAAAAUUCUUCAAAUGUUUCCGACUAUUGUUCACAUGACAACAGUUUAUCUAAUAAAAUUACUAAAGAUGUAGAGGAACUUCUACAGCUGUCGGAAUCUACAGGUGAUUUUCAGUUACUUCAUAAAGUCGUUCAGAUGCUUAAUUCAAAAUCAUCCAAUAAUGAAUUGCAGAAUGAAAUCAUUGAAUUACUGGGUUUCGAAAAAUUUGAACUUGUACAAAGCCUGCUACAACAUCGCACCGAGAUAGUUUCGCAGAUUAAUAAAUAUGAACUUCAAUCCAAAUACAACAUACAACAACAAAAAAGUAAGGAUAAAAAUAAAAGUGAAGUCCGACCGUCAGUUGCAACUUCUGUUAUUGUACAAUCAUUUCAAGAAAAAGAGUUAAACAAACAAAAUCGGCGUGUAGAAAAAAAACUGCAACGAUUGAUACAAAACCAAGAAAGAUGCGACAGUAGCGAAGAAAAUAAUUCACGUGCUGUAGAUGCAUUGCAACUACGAAUGCAGCAACAACGUAGAUUUCUAGAACAGGCCCAACAACAGCCAAUUUUGAAAAUUACUAAGCAGUCGAACUCGGCAUAUGCAAAACCUGUAAUGUAUCCCUACGUUUUUGAUAAUCAGCUCAAAAGUAAAGAACAUGCUGGAUUUAUAGGUGGUAGUCGAAUUUUUCUACCGGACUCUGCUACACGUAUUGACAAUAAACAGUAUGAAGAAGUUAAGAUUCCUGCAACAGAACCUCCACCUCUCCAAGUAGGUGAAAAUCGGAUUAAAAUAAGUGAUCUAGAUGAAAUUGGGAGAUUAAGUUUUGCGAAUUGCACUGAACUUAAUAGAAUACAGUCAGUUGUAUAUCCAGUCGCUUAUCACACUAAUGAAAACAUGUUAGUUUGCGCUCCUACAGGCGCAGGGAAAACGAAUGUCGCUAUGUUAACUAUUGUUCAUACAAUACGAUUACAUAUUGAAAAUGGAAUUAUUAAUCGGGAUCAAUUUAAAAUUGUUUAUAUUGCACCAAUGAAAGCUUUAGCUGCUGAGAUGGUCGAAAACUUUUCGAAGCGCCUGAAAAGUCUUAACAUUGUUGUACGAGAACUUACUGGUGAUAUGCAGUUAUCUAAAACGGAAAUGGCACAGACGCAGAUUUUGGUAACAACGCCUGAAAAGUGGGAUGUAGUAACUAGAAAAGGCGCAGGCGAUGCAACGUUGACAAAUGUUUUAAAAUUACUUAUAAUCGAUGAAGUGCACUUGUUGCAUGGAGAGCGGGGGCCCGUUGUCGAAACAUUGGUUGCACGCACACUUCGUUUAGUGGAGUCUUCACAAAGCAUGAUUCGUAUCGUUGGUCUGUCGGCUACGCUCCCCAAUUAUAUUGAUGUAGCUACAUUUCUGGGUGUAAAUCCCAUGAAAGGAUUGUUUUAUUUCGACUCUCGUUUUAGGCCUGUUCCGUUAGACACUAAUUUUAUUGGUGUUAAGUCUGUGAAACCACUUCAACAAAUAGCCGAUAUGGACCAAAUUUGUUACCAAAAGUGCAUUGAAAUGGUACAACAAAAUCACCAAGUUAUGGUAUUUGUGCAUGCGCGUAAUUCAACAGCGCGUACCGCAACAAUGUUAAGAGAACUAGCACAGCAAAAUCAAUCAGCAGCUAUAUUUUUGGCAAAUAAUGCAGAUGGGUUUAGUUUGGCUUUAAGAGAAAUACAAAAAAGCCGUAACAAACAGCUUGUAGAAUUAUUCUCUAAUGGAUUUGGAAUACACCACGCUGGCAUGUUACGAUCUGACAGACAAAUGGUAGAGAAAUACUUUGCACAAGGCUAUAUUAAAGUCCUCGUAUGUACAGCAACUUUAGCAUGGGGUGUCAAUCUACCUGCUCAUGCCGUCAUUAUAAAAGGUACCGACAUAUAUGAUUCAAAGCAUGGAGCAUUUGUUGAUUUAGGCAUACUUGAUGUGUUGCAAAUAUUUGGCCGUGCUGGAAGACCACAGUUUGAUAAAACUGGGGUCGGGAGCAUUAUAACGACAUACGACAAACUCAAUCAUUAUUUAUCGCUUCUUACUAAUCAAUUUCCUAUUGAAUCUAAUUUUGUGCAAUGUCUUGCCGAUAAUUUGAAUGCCGAAAUUGUACUCGGAACAAUCACAAAUGUUAGCGAGGCGAUAGAAUGGCUUAGUUACACGUAUUUAUAUGUACGCAUGCGUAAGAAUCCUCAUGUUUAUGGCAUUGAAUAUAGCGAAUUAGAAAAUGAUGUAACUUUACUAAAGAAGCGAGAACAAUUAAUUUUAAAUGCAGCCAUCAGCUUAGAUAAAGCACGAAUGAUAAGAUUUAAUGUGAGAACCUGUGAUUUCAACGUAACCGAUUUAGGUCGUACAGCUUCAUACUUUUAUAUAAAAUAUGAUACUGUUGAAAUAUUUAAUGAACUGCUGAAACCUUUUAUGAGCGAAGCUGAUAUUUUCGGAAUGAUUUCCCGUGCGCAAGAAUUUGAGCAACUUAAGGUACGCGAUGAUGAAUUAGAUGAGCUUGAUGAUUUGCGACAUUCUUAUUGCAAAAUUAAAGUACUAGGAGGUAGUGAAAAUGUGUUUGGCAAAGUCAACAUACUUAUGCAAACAUAUUUGUCACAUGGUUUUGUUAAAUCAUUUUCUUUAGUGUCCGAUAUGCUAUAUAUUGUGCAAAAUAUUGUGCGUAUAUCACGUGCACUUUUUUCAAUUGUGCUUCGUAAUAAUAACGCUGUGCUUGCUGGACGUAUGCUAGAAAUAUGUAAAAUGUUUGAACGCCAGCAAUGGAAUUUUGAGUCUCCUUUACGACAAUUUAAAUGCAUUAAUGCGGAAUGCAUAACGAAAUUAGAAAAUAUUGGAUUUAGUCUUUACACUAUAUGUGAAAUGCAGAAAAAUGAGUUAAAAGAUCUUUUGCGAAGUCAACGAUAUGCUGAUCAAAUUUUCCAAUGUGCUCGGGAAAUACCUGCAAUCGAGGUACAAGCCAGUUUACAACCCAUUACGCGAACGGUUUUGCGUAUAAAGGUCGACAUAACACCCUAUUUUAAUUGGAAUGAAAAAGUGCACGGGAAAGUUUGUGAAAACUUUUGGUUAUGGAUUGAGGAUCCUGAAACAAAUUUUAUAUAUCAUUCGGAACAUUUUCAAUUAACUCGUAAAUUUGUGUCUUACCGUAAAAUACAUCAACUUGUUAUGACAAUACCACUAAAGGAACCAUUACCACCGCAAUAUUAUAUCCGAGUAUCAAGUGAUACUUGGCUUGGCAGUAGUAUUUGGUUACCAUUGUCGUUUCAACAUCUUGUAUUACCUGAACAUCAUCCUCCACUCACAGACCUGCUGCUGUUACAACCAUUACCUGUAUCUUGCUUAAAUAAUCCACAGUAUGAGCAAUUAUAUACUUUUUCACAUUUCAACCCUAUACAGACACAAAUUUUUCAUUGUCUGUAUCAUACAAAUAAUAAUGUUUUGUUAGGUGCUCCUACUGGAUCCGGUAAAACUAUUGUUGCUGAAAUAGCCAUGUUUCGAGCUUUCAAUGUAAAUCCUAAAGGUAAAGUAGUAUAUAUAGCACCACUAAAAGCUUUGGUGAAAGAACGCAUAAAUGAUUGGAAAAGACGAUUUGAAUCUCUUCCGCUGUUAAAAAAAGUAGUUGAACUUACCGGUGAUACAACGCCUGAUAUACAAGCAAUUCACGAUGCUCAAAUUAUUGUUACAACUCCAGAGAAAUGGGACGGCAUAAGUCGAUCGUGGCAAACUAGAGAAUACGUAAAAAAUGUAGUGUUAAUUGUUAUUGACGAAAUUCAUCUAUUAGGUGAAGAUCGCGGCCCAGUAAUUGAAGUUAUAGUAUCACGCACUAAUUUUAUAACGUCACAUACGCGUCAACCAAUACGUAUUGUAGGUCUAUCAACAGCGUUAGCUAAUGCACAGGAUUUAGCAAACUGGUUGGGAAUUACAAAAAUUGGUUUAUAUAAUUUUAAGCCUUCAGUGCGACCAGUACCGUUACAGGUACAUAUCAAUGGUUUUUCAGGCAAACACUAUUGUCCGAGAAUGGCAACAAUGAAUCGCCCUACAUUCCAGGCUAUACGCACAUAUUCACCAUCAGAACCAACUAUAAUUUUUGUAUCCUCCCGUCGUCAAACACGCCUCACUGCAUUAGAUCUCAUAACAUUUGUAGCUGGAGAAGAUAAUCCGAAACAAUUCUUGCACAUACUAGAAGACGAAAUUCAACAAAUAUUGCAAAACAUAAAAGACUCAAAUUUGAAAUUUUGUCUAGCAUUCGGUAUUGGUUUACAUCACGCCGGUUUACAAGAGCAAGAUCGUAAAGUAGUCGAAGAACUUUUUUUUAAUCGCAAAAUUCAAAUCCUUGUAGCUACUGCUACACUUGCAUGGGGCAUUAACUUGCCGGCUCAUUUAGUAGUUAUUAAAGGCACGGAAUAUUUUGAUGGCAAAUUAAAAAAAUAUGUUGAUAUGCCUAUUACUGAUGUACUUCAAAUGAUGGGGCGAGCUGGAAGACCACAAUUUGAUAAUGAAGGAGUGGCUGUUGUAUUAGUACACGAUGUAAAAAAAAAUUUUUAUAAGAAAUUUCUUUAUGAUCCCUUUCCAGUCGAGUCUAGUUUAUUGCAUGUGCUACCAGAGCACAUAAAUGCAGAAAUAGUAGCAGGAACUGUACAAACUAAACAAGCUGCACUAGAUUAUAUGAGUUGGACCUAUUUUUUUCGUCGGUUAAUACGAAAUCCAACAUACUAUAAUUUAGAAGGUAUCGAACCAAACCAACUUAAUUAUUUCUUGUCAUCAUUAAUUGAACAAGUUGUGUCUGAUUUGGAGUUAGCUGCGUGCAUAACACAAAAAGAAGGUUUAUUAAUUCCUACAUUUUUAGGACGAAUUGCUUCGUAUUACUAUUUAUCGUAUCGUACUAUGAAACAUUUUCUAAAUAAUUUAAAACCUGAAAUGAGUACACGAGAGAUAUUGUUAGCAAUUUCAGAUUCAUAUGAAUUUGAUCAGCAACCAGUGCGUCAUAAUGAGGAUAAAUAUAAUGAAGAACUGGCUAAAGAAUGUAGAUAUCAACCGAUAUCACAAUCGUGGGAUUCACCGUUCACAAAAACAUUUAUUUUACUACAAGCACAUAUUAUGCGUUUAGAUCUGCCAAAUUCCGACUUCUUAACUGAUACAAAAUCAACUUUAGAUAAUGCUACGCGUGUAAUGCAGGCAAUGGCUGAUUAUACAGCAGAACGUGGGUGGCUGUCUCCGACUUUGAAAAUGCAACAGCUCAUGCAAAGCAUUAUACAAGCUCGUUGGUUUGAUGAAUCUGCAUUUUUAACACUGCCCACUGUAACUAAUUCUACUGAAAUGUUGUUCUAUAAUAUAUACCACAACCAUAAAUAUCUUACGUUGCCCGUCUUAAAGGAGUUAUGCCGCAACAAUUAUGAAAUUCUAGCCGACGCUUUAAGACAGAUGUUUGAAGAACAAGAAAUUGAGCAUAUAUUUGAAGUUGUACAGAAUUUGCCGGAGGUUAUGGUUUCUUUAACAUUACAAGGCAAACAUCUAGGUAAUGCUGAAGCUAAGCGCAUUGUAUCAACAGACAGUAAAUCCACUCAAUGGAUAGAAAUUCAUCCAAAUGAAGACUAUGUACUUAUUGUUGAUAUUAACCGACUAAAUGCAAAACGAGGUGCCCACAAUUUAAUGAAUAUUUUUUGUCCCAAAUACCCAAAAUCAAAAUCUGAGGCUUGGUUUUUAACACUUGGUUCCCAAUCAAAUAAUGAAUUACUUGCCAUGAAGCGGGUCACAAUUCGUGGAAAUCGUUCUAUAAAUCGUAUUUGCUUCCAAUCUACUCCUCGACGAGGACGUCAAGUAUUAACAUUAUAUUUAAUGUCCGAUUGCUUAAUAGGAUUAGAUCAACAGUUUGAUCUUAAGUUUGAAAUUAUUGAUGUAAAGUCUUAA